AUGGGAAGCCGCGUCCUGCGCGGGCUGGGCGGGCGGGUGGCGGCGGUUGCCGGGACACCGCGUAAACACUGGAGCGCGCGGUCCAGCCAGUGUCUCUUCUACCUGGUGGAGCCUGUGGGAGCCAAGAUGGCUACCCCAAAGAGAACUUUGAACUUUAGUGAAAGGCAUCAGAAAUUAGUAGAUGAAAACUUUCGCAGAAAUUUGGAUAUUAAAGCACUAAAAGAGAUGCAGACUCAAAUCAGCAAACAAAUGGAGAAGAAUAAAACUGAUGACAGUAUUGAGUGCAGGAGAUUCCUCAGAUUAUUACAGAAUGAACAGUUCGAGUUGGAUAUGGAAGAAGCCAUCCAAAAAGCAGAAGAAAACAAGAGAUUGAGGGAACUCCAGCUUGAACAAGAAGAAAAAUUGGCUCUGGAAUUGGCAAAAUUAAAACAUGAAAGUCUAAAGGAAGAAAAAAUGAGACAACAAGUAAGAGAAAACAGUAUUGAGCUCAGAGAAUUGGAGAAGAAAUUAAAAGCAGCUUACAUGAAUAAAGAAAGAGCAGCCCAGAUUGCUGAGAAGGAUGCCAUUAAAUAUGAGCAAAUGAAACGUGAUGCUGAAAUAGCCAAGACCAUGAUGGAAGAACACGAGAGAAUGAUGAAGGAAGAGCAUGCUGCCGAAGACAGAAAAAACAAAGUUAAAGCGCUGUACUGUCUUGACUUGGAGAAACAACUGGAAGAACAAGAGAGAAAAAAGCAGGAAGCUUAUGGGCUCUUGCUGAAAGAGAAACUCAUGAUUGAUGAAAUUGUUAGAAAAAUCUAUGAAGAAGAUCAAAUGGAAAGACAACAAAAAUUAGAAAAAAUGAAUGCAACUAGAAAAUAUAUUGAGGAGUUUCAGAAAGAGCAGACUAUCUGGAGAAACAAGAAACGUGAGGAGAUGGAAGAAGAAAACAGAAAAAUCAUAGAGUUUGCCAACAUGCAGCAGCAAAGAGAAGAACAUAGGAUGGCAAAAGUUCAGGAAAAUGAGGAAAAAAGGCUGCAGCUUCAGAAUGCGCUGACUCAGAAAUUGGCAGAAAUGCUGCGGCAACGUGAAGACCUGGAACAAGUACGACAGGAAUUAUACCAGGAAGAACAAGCUGAAAUGUACAGGAGGCAACUAAGAGAAAAAGUAGAAGAGAAAUUGAGAAAGCAGAGAGAGUUGAAGCAAGAUUUUGAAGAACAAAUGGCUUUGAAGGAAUUAGUAUUACAGGCUGCAAAAGAAGAAGAGGAGGCUUUUAGAAAAACAAUGCUAGCUAAACUUGCUGAGGAUGACCGAAUAGAAUUAAUGAAUGCUCAGAAACAAAGAAUGAAGCAACUGGAACAUAGAAGGGCUGUGGAAAAACUUAUUGAAGAACGUCGAAACCAGUUUCUUGCAGACAAGCAACGUGAGCUGGAAGAAUGGCAGUUACAGCAAAGAAGACAAGGUUGUAUUAACAAUAUUAUUGAGGAAGAAAGGCUAAAACUUCUCAAAGAACAUGCUACAAAAUUAUUAGGAUAUCUCCCUAAGGGAAUAUUUAAAAAAGAGGAUGAUAUUGAUAUGCUUGGUGAAGAGUUUAGGAAAGCAUAUCAGAAAAGGAAGGAAAUUUGUGAAGAAAAGUGAUACCAUCAAACUUGGUAAAAUCUGGAUUUUUCUGUACAUUACCACUAGAUGUCAGCGUAACUAUUGUUUUAGAGUAGGAAUGUUUUCUUGCAUUUUCUAUCACUGUAUUUCAUAAUUUAUAAACAAGUGUCAGAU